CAAGUGGCUCAGUAGUAAUCUUAAAGGAUGUAUGCAUGACUAGAUUGGGUUAGACCCUCCCACAUCACACGUGCUGGCUGAAUACGAGGUGUCCUGCUGACACUUCACGUCUUUUUCUUUCGCCCACCUCUGGACAUCAUCUGCUCGCAAUCCUAGUUCUGCAGACUCUGCAUAACGGCUAUACCAUUCAGUAUACACAUCUCCCUGCCGCAUCUAGCCCGUGAAGAGAAUCUGCCACAAUGUUGAGAAAAAAGGAAGCAUACACCAACACCAUCCCCCUCCCGCCCACCAUCUCCCAGCAGCUAGCCAUUACCAUCCUGCACAGCCACGGCGAAAUCAUUACCCUGAACCCGUUCGUCCUCUCCUACCACGCGAUCCGGGCCCCCCGCAACGCUGUUGCCGAUGAGUACUACUCGUCCUGGUACGAGAUCUUCGAGCGGGUGCGCUUCGUGCCCAGCACGAUCAGCUUCAAGGGCUGCUUCCAGGACGAGCCGUGGGGUCUGCGAACGCACAUCUACGCUCCGAUGGGGGUCGACCUGCGCAGCACAUACCGAAUCAUCAAUGGGGACCAGCGAGUCGGCGACGACAAGCCCCUGGCCGACCCGGGGGGCUUGUAUCUGCGCGAGGAGGUCGACCUGGAAUGCAACCUGACCCUGAUGGCACUGGUGCGCAGUCAGCUGCGCGCCAGCUCCAAGGUGCUGGUCGAUCGCCUGAUCAAGAAAGCCGAGCUCUUGGAUGCGGGCGUCUUGCAGGCGACCGUGGGCGUGGACGGGAAACUGCGGACCUACAAUCCCGCCGAUCGCACCGCCAGCAAUCUGAGGGCCUCCCCGGUCCCAUCCCCGGUCCAGCAGCAGCGAUGGUCGUAUCAAUCGAUGCCCCACUCGCCGUCGAACGAGUAUGCGCAGUUCGUGCCCGGGCCCCCGGGCUCCCUACCGGACCCACAACACGCCGCUCGGAGGGAGGGAGUGCCACUGCAUCCGCCGCGGUUUUCGGCCGAGCUGCCGGUCCAUGCUGCUUCCCCUGCGGGUGCGUGGCGUGGGAGUGACAGUAAACAUCCGCUUGGAGGCACUAGUUCUCCGCGCCCGUAUCAGGAGUAUCUCGCCGAACUACCCGCAGAGAACGAUAGAGUAUCACCAAGAUGAGAGAAGCAGGGAACCACAUAUAAGUCUGGACCGAAAUAGUGUUCGCACGCCUGGUGAUUUGCACCAUCAUAUGGUCUCAACCCUGUAGGAGAAUGAUUGGAACUUGUCUAUUAUCCGUGCCUAUGCUCGUGGUGUCCAUUGCGGGUCGGAUGGCGGACCUCAUCAAGGCCGGCGACAACGCGCACCCAUGAAUCCGAGUCCCGCUCUCAGCACACGAGAAAAUAUUCAAAGCGCCGCCUAGAGUAGAUCAGUAGGGUUGGCGACUAGCCCUCUGAGAAAGUUGGGACUCAGCCUGCACGGUGCUUCUGAUUUUGUGAAAAAGGGUGUCUCAAGUCAGA